AACUGUGGAGCUGCAACACACACGGAGCCUGUCUAUCUGGGACCAACUGGUGCAGAGAAACUUUUUGGAUGCAUUUUUCCAAAGAUUUGAGGAGAUCAGUUUUCCAACAGGAUAACGAGAAUUAAAUGGGACAACAGAAAUCGCGAGAACUCGAAUCGCUCCAGUUGUGCGCGCGGUUCAGUUUGGCCAACUUUGUGAACUAGCACCCUGUGAUCCGCUUCAGUCCGCGAGAGCGCAGCAGCAGCAGCAGUAAUAGAGGAGCAGGAGGCUGGAUGUGGCACGAGGAGACGGGUCAUUGAGCCGCAGAGAGCCGGGUAAGAGUUUCCCAGGGUGCAACUCUCCAAUGUCAGCGGACAGGAUGAUGAUCAUUGGACUCCUGCUCAAUGUCUUCUCUCACGGUAAGGAAAUUAUUCCCCCUUUUCCCCCCAAACAGGUCCAUUUCCGAGGUGUGGAAAACACAACACCUCGUUUGGACCACUCAUUUAGUCCACAAAAAUCUGUGUUAGGGGUCGUUGUGUGUGCUUAUUCUGCUGGAUAUUUUGUCUUCCAGUUAAACUUGAACAUACAUGUCUGUGUUUUAGUUUAACCAACAAAAUUAAACUGUAAUGAAGCCACCAGAGCAGACAGGAUAGAUUUAGUCUGACAUUGCUGAUCAUGAUAACCUUCAGAUUCCAGACUCAGUAGUAAUCAAAUCACCUGGUUCAGAGCAUUUUUUUAAAUAUACAUUUUUGCACAUUUUUUGGCAAAUUUUUGCAUAGCAGUUUUUAUCUAUUUAUUUAUUGCAUAUUUAAUUUUGGCAUAUUUUUGCAUAGCAGUUUUUAUUUUAUUGUUUUUGCAUAUUUUUGCAUAGCAGUUUUUAUCUUUUUGGGGCAUUUUUUUGCAUAUUUUUGCAUUGCAUUGUUUAUUUUAUUUUAUUUUUAUUUUUUUGCAUUUUUUUGCAUAUCAGUUUUUUUGGGCAUAUUUUUGCAUAUCAGUUUUUAUCCUUUUUUUGCAUUUUUUUUUUUAUUUUUGCGUAUUUUUGCAUAUCAGUUUUUCAACAGAAAGGGGAAGAGGUGGGGACUGUGAGAUAAGAUAAGUGUUCCACCUGACGUGAAGAUAUAUUCAGGCAUAAUAAAGCUACUCUAGCUUUUAGAGGAACUUUAUGAUGAUCCAUUAAUAAGAGCCAACAAACCAUUUUGGUACUAAUUUAUAAAAUUCCCUAUAUUUUCAACCCGGGUGACUUCAUCAGGAGUUCAGGUCUUUUAUCUCUGCCUUGGAUGCCCUCCAAAGUAAAAAGCAGUUCAUCUCCACAAUUAUUGAUCCCACUGUCCUAGAUUGUGGAAAUAUCACUCAGGAAUUACUGAACUGAGUUAUGUUCCUCCUAAACAUGACAGCAGCCUGGCUUCUUCAUCCUUUAUUCUUCUAUUCACUGACAUUCAACAACUCACUUUUUUAAAGUUGUGUAAAAGGAGUUGAAAAAGAUGUAUUUAAAAGAAGUAUUUAAAACACACACACACACACACACACACACACACACACACACACACACUUGCCAUAUGAGGUGUAAUUAAGUAAUGACUGUGAAUGAGGCUGAUAAACAAAGUUGCUCUGCAGCCAUGGGUGUUCUUCAUUGUCUAAGCCUGUGCUGAAACUCUCCUCAUUAUUUGGAUAAUCCAUUGUAAACACAGACCACACGGAUCGUCACACUCUGUGCUCUUCUGCAUGGAAAAAAACACAAAAAUACUCUAAUUGACAGGAUUAUUUCUGUUCUGCAGGAGGUGGGCUGCUCGCCUCCUGCAGGAAUUUCAGAUAAUGCCAGGCUUUUCCAGUAGAGAUUAGCAUCAAGAAAUGAUGAAUGCUGUCUUGUGAAAGUCAAACCUUUCAGACACCCAGUUUGUCAUCCACAUCAUCAAACCCACCUGACAGGCACUUAGAUGGGAUUACACCAAGAAAAGCGGUUAUUUCUAACAGCUUUUUAUCACAGAUCAGCGUCAGUGCAGAUGAUAAUUAAACAGACUGUUGUCGUGUUAAAAUAAAGGUUUUAAUAAACACUUUGUGUAGUGGAGUCUUCACAGAAUCUCUUUAGACUUUCAGCUGAUUUUGGACAAUCUUUUGGAAAGAUGCUUUAAGAGUUUUCCAGCUUAAAUAGACUGUUUAGAGUCAGAUUUAUAGACACAUAAUAUCUGCAGGUACUGUAUAAAUAGCCCUUUCAUACUAUGUGCCACUCUAUGCUCUGUUAUCUUAACCUUGUGGUAAAUCAGGCCCCAUUCAAAUGUCUGACCUAAACUAUGGCAGUGGGAACACAGACCAGCCUUCCCAAAAUGUCCGUCACCACUGAUGGUCUGCAGAGCUCAAGGCUAACCAUUGCCAUCUAUAAUGCGUCUGCACAGGGUUGAACUGUCCAAAAAGAAAGAGGAGAAUUGCACCUGUUUCCACGGAUCAGAUAUAGAUUUCAAAACUGCCCUGUGAUUCAAAGCCAGAUCCCACGCCCCAGCUUUUCAUGCUUUGCAAAAGAAAAUAGAGCACAAGAGGGACACUACAAAAGACUUUUCAUGUUAAAAUACUUUGUUUUUCCCUCAAAUAACUGGAUUUGGCAGAAAUGUAUGUGAUAUAUCAGUUACACUCAACCACUUCUUUCUCCUCCACAUUUUUUUUGUACUACAUUGUGUCUUCAUCCACAGUAAUCUCACAAAUAAUGCAUGAGAUCAGUGUUGAGUGUGGCCUAAUAGUCCCUUCGCCAGAUGAAUCAACAGAAUGCUUUCUAUUGUUGAAUGACACUAAACCUGACUUUGACCUCUUGCUGCGAGGCCCUCUGUGGAUUAUUGAAGUCCCAGUGCAGACUGCAACUGGUGAUUGAGCGUUUCUAUUCCUGGUGCUUAAUUUAGUGGACGUGAUUGAGCUAUAACACGGUCAUCACGACUGUAAUGGAGCUCAUUUUCAGGCUGUGUAAAGUCACACAGGUGUUAGGUGGACUGAUAUCCACAUGCUGGGUUUUGUUUAUGUGGCUGUGUGAGCCCUUCACCCUGUGCUCUUUGUGUUUUAUCCACUCCUCUGCUUCUUUAUCUGCGCACCACACUGAGGACGCUUCUUUUUUCCCAUUUCUGCUGAGGCAUUGUCUUUAAAUGUACUCUGUGCCUGAAAUUCAGUUUCGUUUAGGACGACAGCACACAAAGAUUAAAUUGGCAAAGCGCCCAUUGGACAUUACUUAGAUAAGAAACAUAAAAUACACUUUUUCAAUAUGCAGUUUUUUAAAAAAGUAUUUGAAGUUUUACUGAAAAAAAUCAUUUCAAUUAAAAUGUUCACAUCAAGGAGAACUAGAGUGCCAUGUAAGUCUAUAAACGACACCUGACCUACAAGCUAUUUGCAUAAAUAUUAAAUCUGUCAUUCACAGCCUUCUUGAUCAUCACUUGCAUACACCUGAUGGCACAACAAUAAAACCCACAGCCUAAUAGAAUCUCUAAAACUGUGUCUCACUAUCUGAACAAGAAAUUAUUCAUCUCGUCAUAAUUUAGUAGCGCAGCACACAGCAGAAGGCAGAAUCCUGAAAUAUUCACUCACCCCGUUCACUCUGACUCCACCUGAUGCAAGCAUGUAUUUUACCUGGAGUACAGGCUGCGUGAUGUGGCUGCACAAUCUGGUGCCACAGCUUGUUAAAGUGGAUACACUGAGUAACAGUUGACUUCAAAGAUUUAAUUAUGACUCUUAUACACUUGACGAGUCUUCAGCUUAUGCCGAGACUUUCUCAAAAACAAGUUCAUUUUUUCUAACAAGCAAAAUCAAGUCAAGUGUUUUUUUUUAAAGUAGUUUUUCAUCUCCUUUGAGAAAUAUCUUCAAAGCUCUUGCUGGCAACCUCCGUUUUGAUGUGGUCAAAUAUUAAUCUCUUUGGUUUUCUCUAAUGAGAAUGGUCUCACCUUAAGUUACUUUUCCUCUGUAAGAGCGAGGGCGGACUGUGUGGGACCACGGCUCUGAGGUUUGUGUGAUUUGUCUCUGUGAGAUGUACACAUGAAAAACUCAUAAAUGCAAAUUGUGACUCUCCUGCACCCUUACAAGCACCAGUCAAAUAGAAAAUCAGCCCUGUUAGUUUGCUCAGUGGAGGAGCAAACAAAGAUGUUAUUUGUUCAUGCAUGCAAAGCAUUGUGGGCAGGCUUAGGUUUGAGGUGUUUGACACUUUGCAACUUUAACAAGAUGUUGGCAAGAAGCCAAGGCAGCCGCUGUUGUGCAAUUAGAUGAAAUUGCAAGUUUUUACAGCAAAGCAAAGUGAGAGAGAAAAAGGUUGUUGUUUAAAAAUAUCAUUUUUUUCUUUGCUCCAGUUAUUAAGUCAGACUGUACUCUGCUGCUUCUUUGUGUGAUAUUGCUGCGGUUGGUGGUCCUGAUGGGAAAGAGCAAAGACAACAGCGGGGGCCAUUGGAGGGGAGCUGUGAACACCUGCAGUGAGGGAAGAUUUGGGAUUGAUUUUUCUCAAAUUGGCUGAGAGUUAGAAGAAAAUACUGAUAUUUCGCAGGUGCAGCAUCAUAGAGAGACUGAGAGGGAACAGGGCAACAUGGGAAGAAGAGAAAGUCAUAAAGGGUUCACGGAAAUGUAGACUCAGAUUAGCCCUGGUGAUAAAACAAAACAAACAAAAACAGUAAGAAUAGACUAACAUUAAAAUUUAUUAUGAUUUUUUGUGACAAAGUAAUAAAAAGGACUGUUUUUUUUAUGUGAAUACUGUUUUUGUUCAAUAAAUGCUCACAGGUAGUGUGGAGUUGUUCUUCACUAAGUGAAAAUAUUUCAAUCAUACAGGACCAGGGUCGCUGGUUGGCCCAGAGGUUCGAACAUGUAGUUCAUUUACUGAGGCUAUAGUCCCUGUCGCAGUUGCUGGUUCGGCUCCCAGCCUCGACCCUUUGCUGCAUGACACCCCUCACUACCCAUAGCUCCCCACAUCCGACCUCUCUUUGGCUGUCCUAUCAAUAAAGGCAAAAAUGCUAACUUAAAAAAAUCCAACAGGACUCACCCUGUUUCUUUAAAAAGAACUUUCUUUGCAGGUAGCCCAGGGCAGUGCCUCUAAUUCCCCUCAUAACAAAGAGAAUAUGUGCAAGCUUUAAGCAUAUGUUUAAUGUUAAAGGAAAGUUGAAUGUUAGAAAGCUGUAAGCUGAUUGGUCCAAAGUGCAAAAGUAAGCUCAGCAGAAAUGAAAUAUCAAUAAAGGCCAAUGCAAACUCAAACAUGCCCUGAUGAACCAGCUUCUUCAAGGAGCAUUUCUGUCCACUGAAGCACUCUCACACAGGUGAAACCAACCAGUGGAAAGUUUUUUUUCCUAAAACAAUGUGUUUUAGGAAAAAAUGAAUAAGAAACAAGGUCUGUCUACAAACACUGAAAUCAGACUGAAAAAACAUAACAUGCUGCAAUCAUCAUAAUUUACAGCGUGAAGGAGAAAGGUCUUUAACCUUUAAGAGUUAAGUGAUAUCAGUCACUAUAGUUUUUAUACUCAUUAUCAUUAAUGGUUAUGAUUUUGAGCUGCAAACAUAUAUGCUCAGUGCUCCUGCUGCUCAUUUACAGUCAUUAUGAAUCCUAUGUUUCCAUUAUGGUCUCUUGGGGUGAAUUAGUAUGUGAACUUCUAUAUUUACUCUGCUCCACUCUUAAAUUAAUCUGGGAUAGUUUUAUAUUUCAAUCAGCAGAUGUAGGGGUUAUGUUGUUUAAUACUAGGAGCUAUCACUGUAUUCCAGUAAAGACAAUUUCCUGCCUUUUUAUGUAUCUAAUUUGCUUGCAAUCUUGGAGUCCGUCUUCUAAUGGUGAAAAAUGCCUCAGGAAACAAUGGCCAAUGUUACUGUCAUGAGUGUAGCCAGUAAUAACAAACAGUUCCUGAUCAAGACUUCCUUUUUCAUGAGCUGCAUUUUUACAGUCCUAUUAACAACCAGAGAAGUAACUGUGUGUUUCAUUCAAAAGCCAAGUUCAUUACACCAACAGAAAUAGCGCCCAUUCAUCUGUGUCCAAGAGUCCUAAUUACACUGUUAAUACUAAGUAAUUCAGAGGCUUCACUUUGGCUUAUUUCAGAGGUAUAAACACGGAAAAAAAAAGUCUGAAAUUUUUUUCGUGCUCCAUGGACGUCAGAUCAAUCAUUUUUUUAUGCAUCCUAGGCAGUCAGUGAUAAGGUCUUAUGACACAGACAUCAAGCAGAUUUGUCUGACCUAAAGCGCGUCGUUAGCUGCGCUUGCAUACAGAUAUCUGUGGAGAUAAUUCAGUCAUCGUCAGAUUACCUCUGAUGAGAGCAGAUUGAGUUCUGCCCUCUGUGGCUCCCUAUUCAGACUGUUUUUCUCUGCAUUCACUGAAGCCUGCUGAUUUGUGGUUGGUCAAUACUACACAGACUACAAAUGUAAUGCACACUAAAAAUCUAUAUCAGCAUAAGCUUAUAAGCACUCUUGUAGAGAUUCCUUUUGGUUUGACAGCAGAGGAUUUGAAUGAGUGUUAGUAGGCCUACUAACAAGUAGUGGUCACCAUGUGCAUAUUUACCCAGUCUCACUUAAACUCCAUCUCGUCACCCUGCUUCUGCUUCUUCCUCGAGCCUGUGACUUCCUGCCAAAAAGCCUCGUCUGUCAUGAUCUCCCCCGGACACAUCACAGUGGCCUGCACCACCACAGUCGGAUUCACUAAAGAUAAUCACUCCUGUUUUAGGAGAUGGGAGAAAACUCAAACCAGUCCAGUCCUGCUCCAAGUUGUAAAGUGUUUUUGUUUUGUUUUUUCCAUGUGUGGCAGUAACCUUCAUCAGCUUGGGCUCACAAAUGCUAUUAAUCACCCCAGUGAGAAAUCAAUAGUGUGUAUUGUAUUACUUCUGUUUCUUUCUCCCUGUUCUUGUUCUUUUAAAGAGGCAAUUCCCUCGACACAGACCUUUGCUUAGCAAUUUGUUGCAUCUUUAACAGCUUAUUGGGACAUUAUGACAUUUAAUGAUCAAAAAUUGAAAACAGUGAUUAGCUGUCUACUGGACGGGAUUUCUCAGAAAUACUAAACACUGUGUAGAUAUUUGUUGAUUCUCACUGUCUUUGUUUCUGUGUGCAUUUGCAUGUAUGAUGAAGAAAGGCUCUCAGAAAGUACAUUUGUAUGUAGUGUCACUGAUCAGCCUGAGGGAGUCAACACUAAAGAGGAAUAGUGAAGAAUCUGUUCUCUGCCUGAACAGAUUAAACCUGCUUAAACAUGGAGGAUUUUCAACUUCACUAUGCAUUUCGAGGUAGAUAGGAAGGUAAUCAUCUGUUUCCCAUACCUUGUCAUGCUGUGACCAUGACUUAUCACCCUGGGUGUUACCGGUGUGUGUGUGUGUUUGUCCCACCUCCCCUCGUGGACUCUGCAGAAGCCCUGGCAGGUUUCCUGCGGCGGUGGUGGCAUGAAGCCUCUGUUUAUGAUAUGUCUAAAGCCAAAGUGAGACGUGGACCUCAUGUGGUGUCUGAGAUUGCAAAACAUGCAGCAGCAGAAUUGGAUUGCAGCCGUGCUUUGUGUCACCACUCAGCAGGAGCUUAAUCGAAGAGUGUGACCGAUUUAACACAAUGCUCUGCGGUGUGGGUGUCUGUGUGUUUGUAUAUGAGCGUGGACAAUAUACAGUUUAUUAUGCUGCAGCAUAAGUACAUGUUAGGACAUAAUCAGUACAGAUAUUUGUUAACAGGGCAGCAUGAAUACAUACUUCACUUAUUUCUAGCUGUACUGCUAAUUUGAAAAUGCCUGCCACUCUGUUGCUUUUGUGCAGUUAUAAAAUGACAGGAUAUAGCAAAUUAAUGAGAUACAGUGUUAAAAAAAAAAGUGUGUGCAUAUUGCCUACUCCAGCUAUUUCUUUCUCUGGAAUCACUGUGUAUAAAAUGUAAUUUGUGGGGACAAUUAUGUGUCACAUUUGAGGAAAUUAAUUUCCUGAAAUGCUCCAUCAGAAUGCAUUUUCAUGAAGAGGCCUUUCUGUCUUUUCCCCCCUCAGCUCCCUCAGGCUGCCUUUGGCCUUCCUGCAUUGUGUUUUUCAUGGAGCAAAAAAAAAAAUCCUUAUUAAAAAUUGAUUUGUAGUUCUUCACUUUGAGCCGUUCUACACAGAACACUGCCAAUCAAAACCGUCUUAAUGCUUAAUGAGCAUGGACCAACAGGACUUUUUCUGCUGCAUAAUAUGUCUGUUGCAGAGGAAAUGUGGCUGCUGAUAAGCACAUAUUGGCACUCAAUGACCCUUGUGUGAAUUAAUGGGAUGAAUCCCUCUAAAGGCAUGUAAAAAGAUGUAGUUCUGCAAUCUUCAAGUGACACAUUUUGAGGGUGGGAGGACAUGCUGAAAAGUGUUUGACCAAAACGUCAGAGGUGAAAACAUCCUCAAAAGUGACACAUAGCAGUCCCUGUCUCUCUGAAACGUCCAGGUUAAGUCAUGGGCUAAAAGCAAAAUGGGAAUUGGGACCUUAUUGUUUUGUUUUUGGUGGAGAAAAAGAUGAAGUGUUGGGUUAAAUUGGUUUUGUCUGCAGCAUUACUGGUGGAGACAGUAGUGUCUGGCUCUGGUGAAAAGCUUUUUCCAAGUGGACAGGACCCCCCUGCAGACCCGCAAAUGUCUGUGUGUCCCUCUGCAAUAAUAACAGCGCAGAACACAUUUUGUUUCUGAGGACAGAAAAUGUGCCACAUGUGAAAAUUUGAAGCAACACUCUGGUAUUCCUAUAUCUUUAAGACCCUUUUAUCUGGGGUAUUUUUUCAUGCAACAGCUUUUAACAGUAUUUCAAAUGUUGUGUCAUUGAUCAAUCUAAAUUUCGGGAUUUAUGUUUUAUUGUGAAAUUGGGGGAAGAAAUUCUCGCCACUGUCAAAUGGGCUUGGACUAGUGUGGAAAUGCUUCCAUCGUGGUUCAAGCACUCGCUGGAAGACCCAAGAACCAUCUGAGACUUGAGAGUUGGCUGUCAAGUGGAACAGCUUCCUCUUCUGAUGCACAAAACUAACAAAUUCUCUGUGUAAAACAUCCCAGUUUGAGCAUCUUUGAGGUUUUAUUUUCAAACUAACGAGUGAAAGCAAUUCUGUGACACUGAAUCCUGAAAGUCUGUUACUAGAUAGAUGCACAGCUGAGCUGACUUAAAGAAAUCUUAAACAGAUUUCAUAAAAGGAGGGAGAAUGUACAUAUACAGUACAGUAUAUGGGCCCCAGCCUUAGCACUAGCCACCAAACAUCUAUUUAACUUUGCCUGAUUUCUUUAGCAAAGAGACUAAACACAACUCACCUACUCUCUUCCAGAAGCCGCUUCUUUGUAGAGAGACCUCAGACAAGUCCAUUACGGAAGGCUGUGGGGUGACACAGCUCUAGGAAGAACAUUUAUGAUCAUUACUUCAUGGAAAUGCAAUCAGACUGAGACACAGGGGCAGAAGAAGUACCGCGCCUGCAGAGCAAAAUGAUUAAUAUGAAGAUUAAUACUUCAAGGAAAUGAUAAAGAAAUAAAGUUAAAGAUAAAGUUAAAAAGAUGUUUGGUGGCUAGUGCUAUGGCUGGGACCCUAUAUGUACUGUUGAUGAAGUUAGGUGCUGUUCUGAGCAUUAUUUGUGGCUAUAGAGUGGCAUUUUGGUUGAUGUUUAUGUAUGGCUCCUCAGACCUCUCUGUGUUGCUAUCCUGCGGUUGUUACUAAAGUUGGUUUAACUAGAGAAGCAAGCGGUCAGCAAAAUUUGUCUCCCGAGGGGGUGUCUAACUUGGUGUUAGAGUGUGUUUGACCCUAAAUUAAAUUUAACACCGGAAUACCCCUUUAACCUGAACCAGAUUUUGAGUUAUAUCUACUUUAACUGAAUUUCAAUUUUUUUUUUUUUAAGUCAACAGUCUUAAUCACAAAAUCACAGCAGCUUUAACUUACUUGACGUAGAAAGUUCGAGACUUCAGGCUCUGUUAGCUUAACAAGAUAGGAUGAGAUAGGAUAUAGUACAGUAUGCUACUUGACAGUAUGUUGUGGUUUGGUAUAAUUUAACAUAAUACACUGCCAAUAUCAUACUUUAUGACUUAAUAGGAUAUGAUUUCAUAUGGUACAACACAAUAUGAUACUCUGUAAUAGAAUAUAUGAGUCCAACAGUAAUAUUUUGGUACAAUGACACUGUGAUUACAGGUAAACUGCAUGACAAUACAAUCACAAUACAUCUUAUCUUCUCUGGAGUAUCUCUGGAUACUAAAAUAAUUCCCUGCAAAAGGCAAAGUGCAGGUUAAAUACAUUCAUCUUCUGCACUUUGGUUUCACUUAGAUGACACAAUGUUCAUUUUAUUAGUCUGUAAUUUCAGUUAGAAAAUGUAUUUUAAAAUACACUGUAAAUCUCAUGCAUUUCACUAGUUUGCAGCAUGUAGGAGUGCAUUUACUUCUUGUUGUUAAUAAAAAAUGGGCAGUAACUGUCAUGCGGUAUUUGUGAACAGCAAAAUCUACCCAUUAUAGGCAAGUGAAGCUCUCUUCACACCUUUCCUCUUGUCUUGACAAAGGGAGCUGGAAGAGGCAUUUCUUUUUUUUUUAUUAUUGGCUUUGAAAGUAGCUGACACAUCUCUUAAUGUCUUUUCACUUCUGUCCAAAACCAGCCCCUUUUUUCUUCCCUUUAGUUUGCUACUCUCAGCCAAUUAACUGCUGUUCAUCUUACCCUUAUUCACACCACGAGCAGUUAUGAAGUUGUGUCACAGAGGGUCUAAUUGGCAGGGAGAUUUUUAUUUUCAGAGUGCUGUAUCUUUUUAAAUAUUGAUAUGUGCGCUAGUGUGUAAGUCGUCAUGUCAAAACAAGUAAACAGGACAUUUUAUAGAGCCAUAAUGUUUUUUUUCCUGUGCUCCUUCUGUACAAAAAAGGAGAGUUGCUUUGAGUCACUUUCUAGCCUUUUUUCACUUUUAUUUCAGUGAAUAAAUAUUUUUUAUUGAUACUCCAACUUCUCCACUCUUUUUUUAAAACUAGUACCUGCACUUCUUUUCGUGUUGUGAAAGUUUAUACAUUUACUACCUCUGGCACAGGAGAAGCAAGAUAAGGCUAGCUCACUGGCUUCAAACAGCACCACAAUGUAAGGUUAGUGCUUAACCUCAGUGAAAACUCUGAGACACUGUGUCGGGGAAAAAGAUGUUGCAUUAAUAAAAAAGCAAAACACACACAGCAAGACUGUGUUCAAAAUAGACAGGAGUCAACAAGAAGUCCCAGUGAGAGCAUAAAAAAAUAAUCAUUAAAAAGAAUGAUCUUCACAUUGCCCUGUAGUGUUGUUAAAUUAUCAGAGCCUCUGUGUUCCUCUGAGGAAAUCUGAAGUUUCCCCUACGUUGCUGCUUUAUUACACUUGCGUGCCUUCAAUUUAAUUUGCCUUGUUGGAUUUUAUAGCCACCUGUAGCACAAUGGAGGAUCUAUGGGGUGCACUCAUCUUGCUCUGUUGUCUUAAUUACAGCCUAUUUAGCCUAACGACUCAUUCUUAAUGCAGGGACCAUAAACUCUACUGCUCUGCAUAAUACAGCAGCGCACAAUCUGCUGUUACUUUGACAACCAACAGCUUUGGCCAUAGCACAUAGUUUUAUUUUGUCCUCCAGGUGGUGUUCCAGUUUCUGCUUCUCUGGACUGUCUGGUAGCCGAGCAGAGCUGCAUCCAGGUGCAGUCCUGCAAGGUGCUCUACAGGCUCCUGGAAUACUGCGCAGCGGAGGAGGCGGUGUCGCCCCUCAGCGCAGACGCCCGCUUGGAGUGCCUGGAGGCCCAGAACUCCUUGCAGCAUUACCGCCCACUUCAAGUCUGCAAGUGCCAGCGCGGCUCUCGCAGGGAGGAACACUGCCUGAAGGUGUACUGGACUGUGCGGUUUGCAGGUGGGUUCGCACUCUGGCGCUAUGUGUGUGCAUGGAGGAGGUGCUUUUUGAAAGUGUCCACUGCAUAAUCCAUGAAAUUUCUGCUUUUCAGCUUAUGAAGAGUAUGACGUGUCUCCAUAUGAAGAACUGCAGUUAAAUCUGGUGCGAAAUAUUGAGAUGUCACGUAUGGCCUCCAUCAUGGCAGGUACUUCUUACAUCCGAAAUGUUUACGGUUUAUCACAGUAUCAAUAUUUUCCCCUCUUUAAAGAUCACACUCUUCUUUUUGACAGCCUCCACUCUGUCUGUGGAUGGACAAAACCAGUGUCUGAAGGCAGCCCAGGAUUGUGGCCUGUAUGAGAAAUGUGGCUCCCUGCGGUCUGAAUAUGUCGUGGCCUGCACCAAGCGAGCAACAGUUUCUGACAACAGCUGUAACCGCCAGAAAUGCCACCGAGCCCUACGGCGUUUCCUGGAGCGUGUGCCAGAGGAAUACAGCUUUGCUUUGCUCUUCUGUCCUUGCUCUGACCCUCUGUGUGGAGAGCGCCGCAGGAAAACCAUUGUCCCAUCGUGUUCCUAUGAGGAGAACCUGAGAGGAGAGGAGAAAGUGGGCAAACCAAACUGCCUCAGCCUGCAAAACUACUGCUCCAGAGACGAGCUGUGCCGGUAAGAUAUGUGUAGUAAUAGAUACUUAAGUGCUUAUCAGAAUAUCCAAAAAAACAAAAUUCAACUCUGCUCACUGUGGCAACCAUUUUAUUCUGACAUCUCACUCAAGCUGGAGAGUUUAUAUGUUGUUAAAAUGUUUACUGCCUAUUUGCAGGUUUGCAAAUCUGUCACAGGGAUUUUAAUGGUGCCUGCACACCAAAAUCAUCAGUGCGAGUCAAUGCAAAGACAGAUUAGAGGUGGCGCCUGGUACUUCCAUCACAACAAGGUCUUAAAUUACUAGCCAGACUUUUGUCCUCUGUUGUACCCUGGUGGUGGAAUAAUUACCGAACUCCAUUUGAUCUGCAGUUUCUCUGUCUACCUUUUACAAAAAACACCUCUGCCAGGAACACUCAAGUACUUAGGUGAGGAUCUUUUCUUCCUCUGUGCUCUCUGUGAUGGAAAAAGUGCACUUAACUAUUUCUGAUCCACAACGUCCUUUUAGACCCUGCACAUAAUGGUUUGAAUGCUUGUGAUGAUACUGAUAACAAAGGCAUUGAUGAUGAUGAUGAUGAUGAUGAUAAUGAUAAUAGUGAUGAUGGUGAAGAUAAUGAUAAUGACAAUGAGGCAAACUUUUAGACUGGAUGAUUAAACUUUUUUGCUCUCGCUUUAGAAAUUAUAACUUGAAUUAAACUUGAAAUAAAAUAAAAAAAAUCCUCCUUUUCCUCUAGCUCUGUAUGUCAGCACCUGUCUGAUUUGAGUAGAUGCAGUUUCUGACUCUUACUAAUGUUGUGACCCUGAAGAAAGCCUGUGGCUGAAAUGCAUCCAUUUAUUGGCUGUAUGUUUAUGCCCUGAUUAAAUAAGUGUAACCAAGAAGAAGAGUCUGGCUGGUAACACGAGGCCCUGUCCUGAUAGAAGUACUUCAUUGAUGCAGUAGGAAGUAAACACUACAUAGGUAGAAAUGGAUGGUAACCUUAGCUGUUGUGAAUUAGCAGAUCGUAGCUAAUGUGUUAUCAAGUAUGUUUUUGUACCUUUGUCUGAAUAAGGACAAGGACAUUGGGUGUGCUGAAUUUUUUCUAUUUUCUUUUUGUACUUACUAAUGUUGUACCCUCUGAUCUGGAUUCUUGCUCUCAUUAUACUUACUCUGUGAGGUAUGACAAAUAAGACAAACAGGUCGAUGAAAUUGUAGGAUUGCAGGAUUAGCAGGGAUUUUGCCUCUUUUCAAUGGUUUCAAGUAACAUCAAACCAGGGUUAGUUAAAGCAGGGUUGAGUAUCAUGUUAGCAGUUGUUUAACAGUUGCAAAUAUAGUUAACUUUGUUUUGCCAUGGCCAAAUGUCCCCAAUGAAUUUAACUGUACAUUUUCCUCUUAUUUUAUAUGAAUUGUGACCUGAAACACAACAUUAGAACAACACUUGAGCCGCCCAACCUGAAGUGUGACAUCAGAGGAAGAUGCCUGUUUUACGAUUUUACUUCUUCUGAAAGAAAGCAGCAUCACGGGCACUACUGAAUACCGUAUUUAGUUGUUUUUUUAAUGGUCGCACGAUUAAGCAUUGGUGGCCCAAGAAAAAAGUCUAUUGGCCAUUUCCAGAGUCAAUGUGAUUUUUUGAAAUCUGUUUCUCUUUUUAGGUUCCAGCAGACAAAAAGAUUCAAAGAUACUCUCUGUGCGCGUUAUAUACUUAAAGCAAAUGCAGAGCAAGCAAAAACAAACGUCAGAUUUAGGCAUGUUAAAUUUCUUGGUAACACUUUACUCUGCUCCUAUCUCUAUAACACAUUAUAAACAUAGUGUAAUGCGUUAUAAUCAUGUUAUAGCACCAUAUAACUAUAGUUAUAAACACUCAUUAAUGAUCAUAAUGCUUAUAGCAAUAAUCAUAACACAUUAUAAAGCAUUUUAUCAUAACUUACAGGUCAGGUAUUAUAAUGUGUUAUAACUGUUAACAACUCACUGACAAUGCCCACAUAGAUAAUGUAUUAAACAUAUAUUUAUGAUGUGUUAUAAUUUGCUUAUAAACUUGUAUAACUAUCAUUAUAAACACUCAUUAAUUAUCAUAAGGCUUUAUGACAAUAAGCAUAACACAUUAUAAUGUCUGACCUUGAAAGUCAUGAUAAAAUGCUUUAAAAUGUGUUAUGAUUAUUGCUAUAAAGCAUUAUGAUCAUUUAUGAGUGUUUAUAUAGUUAUACAAACACUCAUAGUUAUACAGUGCUAUAAAGUGAUUAUAAUGCAUUAUACAUAUAUUUAUAAUGCAUUAUAGAGAUAGGCGUCAAGUAAAGUGUUACCAAUUUCUUAAAUAUAAUUAGAUAUCAAACGACUUGCCCAGUCAAUUGAUUAGCAAUUUUAUUAGCUCCGGUCACUCAACUGUAUUGAAUACUUGAUUCUGAUUGGUCAGAGCCCCAAAACAAUGAUAACUAGCUCGCUCCAGGAACAACCUGAUCACACACACCAUAUCAAAUCAACUAGCAGAAAAGAGUCCAGCAAGUUCCACUCCUGCCUGUUGACACUGUGGCAAAAACAUCAGCUCUUGCUUGUGCUCUUGAUGCACAUGAACUCAUACUCGCAUGCAAGCAUCACAAACCCUUCCAGAUUUUAUGCUGCUUGUAAGCUCAACCAGUUGAACUCAGUUUUUUGUUUUACUAACAGCACAUAUAUGGUAGUAGUAGUUGAUGUUAAAAGACAGGUGCAGGGACGAGCUUCAUAACCUGCUAUUAACGUGCAACUUUGCAAGUGUUUUACAGGAACUACAUACUGCUGCUUUUUAGACCUCAUGGCCACAUAGCACCAUGAAUUCAAGUAGUUAGACUUCUGCUCAUCAAUGAUUGUAACAGCUUGCGUGAGGCUGAGUUUAUUCCAAACAGCCUCCUCAGUUAAAAAAAAAAAAAACAGAAUAAAGGCCCUUCUUUCAUCGACGAAAGUCCAUAAAGUGUGUAAUGGUCAUGGAGGCUGUAAAUCAAAAGAGACAAAGACUACUUAUUUGAGACUGAGAGGGUAAGUGACAGUCUCCAUCUGCAGUAUUGGAAACACAUUUUAAACAGCAGAGGAGAGCUAACCACAACAGACAAUACACUAUUUUGUUUUUAAACAGAUGAACACCAUGUGUUCCCUCUGAAGGGAAUAGGAAAAACACAAUCAAGUGAAGUCCUUAGUUUUGGUUCAAAUGUACCACAUUUAAGAUCUGCUUUGGAUUAAUAAUGAAAUAAGUCAUGUUGUUUUAAAAAGCUGCUUUAAAUUGUGUGUAUGUGUGUGUGGGUGUGCAGGUUUAAUGUAGUUUAAUUCACAGUGAAUCUGUAUAUUGUAGAUGUCUUGCUGUCACUGCAUUGUGGAUUUUCCCUUCAUGCUUUCUCCCAGUGAUUGUAAACUAGUAAGAGCUCUCAGGCUAUUGUGUGUUUACGUAGCAUAGCAUUACAAUUCAGUGUUUCUUUUACCAGAGAGUGCAGGUUUCCAAAGAAAAAGUAGAGUUGUUGUUUCUGAAAUGUCUUUGGUUUUACUAAGACGACAAAUAGUUUAAAUGCAACAUAUGUUUUAAUGCAAGUGCACAGCUAUUGAUUCUUCAGUUUGAUGUUGUGUGUUUUGUGCCAAAAGCACAGUUUUGUUCCUGUUGUUUUGUUUCAGCUCAAUCCCGGAUCCAAAAAUGAGAUUGUCAAAACAGUUUAAAAUGCACACAGUGUUUCUGUGAGCUGACAUGUGAAAACUGUUUUCUCUUUUCUGUCUCUCUGUGUGCUUCUGCGUCUGUUUGUACAACCGUGUGUGUUUCAGAUCCCGGUUCGCUGAUUUCCAACACAACUGCCAACCCUCCCCUCUUUCUGCCUCUGGCUGUAUGCGAGAAAGCAGAGCCAUGUGCCUGAAGGCCUACGCUGGACUCAUAGGUGAGACUGAGGGAGAGAAAAGAAGCGAAAAGAGGGAACAGCUUGGGAAACAAAACAGACAGACAGCUGCUUAAAGACACCUCUGAAAGGAAAAUGGAAAUUUGGCUUUUAUCAGUUUUCAGUUUACAUCAAAGGUAACUCUACAGAGGUUUAUAUUUGGUCAUCCGCCAAUAGCUGGGGCUCUAUUGAUUCAGGACACGUCACAAAAAAAAACAAAAGCUGGAUCCAGAAAUUGAAUUUCCAGCAGCACUACAAAAGGAUCCAUAUUUUGACAUAUAAACGCCUUUUCCCACAGUGUAAUUUUUCAAAAAGUAAUUUAAUCUACCUGUGAUCAUCAAUAUCCAGAGCUGGAAACCUGGUGACACUGCUACCCCAGGCUGCUCAUAUUGUUGCCAGUUUGUCACACUGUCCAUAGAGAUGUGUGCAGAAAAUGAAGAUUUCCUGCCCAGGGAAAUAUUACUUAAAAAGUUUUUAAGGUGCACCUGUGAAACUAAUUCUGUCAUUUUUCUGAAACCAGGCACCAUCAUGACUCCCAACUACGUGAGCAACAGCAGCACAGAGGUGUCUCAGUGGUGCACGUGUGAGGGCAGCGGCAACGAAUGGCAGGGCUGUCAGCGCAUCCUGCACAUGUUCAACAACAACAUCUGUCUGCGUGAGUUAACUGUCACUAAGUUCAAUAAGACACUGCCAAACAAGAACUUACUGCUAGAGAUUUGCUAAUGAUAACAGUAUUGUAAUGUGAGAGUAAAGAGCUACAAAGUCUGAAGGUGUGUGAGUUCAGCUCAUAAAGAUACACACUUGUGAAAGAAGACUUAAAGGGAUAAAAUAAGGUUAGGGUCAAACACACCAUAACACUGAGUUGGACACCCCCUUGCGAGGUGAAUGCUGCCGACUGCUUGCUUCUCUAGUUGUACCAACUUUAGUAAUGACCACACGAUAGCAAUACACAGCGUUCUCAGGAGCCACGCGCACACCUCAACAAAAACGCCACCCUAUAGCCACAAAUAAUGCUCAGAACAGCACCUAACUUUAUCAACAGUACAUAUAGGGUCGCAGCCAUAGCACUAGCCACCAAACAUCUUUUUAACUUUGCCUAAUUUCUUUAGCAAAGAGACUAAACACAACUCACCUACUCUCUUCCAGCAACCGUUUGUUUGUAGGGAGACCUCAGAUGAGUCCAUUACAGACUACAGCGGGGUGACGCAGCUCAAGGAAGAACAUUUAUGAUAAUUUCUUCAUGGAAAUACAAUCAGACCGAGACGCUAAGGCAGAAGAACUACUGUGUCUGCAGAGCAAAAUGAUUAAUAUGAUGAUUAUUACCUCCGCCAAGGAGGUUAUGUUUUCAGUAGCGUUGGUUUGUUUGUUUGUUUGUUUGUCUGUUAGCAACUUUAUGGAGAAAGUAACAGACGGAUUGACCUGAAAUUUUCACCAGAGGUGCGUCUCAGCCCCAGGAGGACCCCAUUUUUUGGUGGUGAUCCGGACUAAAUUCUGGAUACUGUGACCCAGAACACACAAAAACAAGGGUGUUGUUGGAAUUUUCAAUGCUAAAACAUUAUCAAUGGGCGGCACGAUGGUGUAGAUAGGUGGUACAGUAGUGUAGUGGUUAGCACUGUCACCUCACAACCAGAAGGUCCUGGGUUUGACUCCUGGACAGGGCAUGUCUUGUUUUUGGAACAUUAUGAACAGUGAACAUACCAGUUUAAACACAAAUAAACGUUAAUAAAAGACACGUAACAGUAAAAGUUUUGGUGUGAAUUACAAUAUAAGGGGGGGACAUGAGCUGCUUGGCGAAGGUCUGCGCUCUCUGAGUGCUUUUCUAGUUACUUCCAAGAAAUGAUCAUAAAUGUUCUUCCUUGAGCUGCGUUCCCCCGCUGCAGUUGGUGAUGGACUCGUCUCGUCUGAUCAGUUAAAGGGCUUUUACACUGCUUGUCAGAUUCACACAUUCAUACCAGGUUCAUAAAGUGAUGGCAGAGGAUGUUAUCACCUACUCCAUCCACCCUCGUUCACACAGAGAUGACUAUUUCACGAAUGGACUGCUUGCCUUACAAUUGACAAAUGAUAGUCUCUACCACUGAGCCACAGCUGUCAAUGUCAAUGUGACCUAACAAACCUGACCAGUGGAGAUGAUAGAUUUUCCAGUUUGAUAUAUGACACGUCAAAAUGAAAAGUGAAUUUAGAAAACAUUACAAAUUGUUUCUUCAAAACCCGAAAACAACUAUACAGAAAGUUUCAGGUCAAUGACUUUUCUAACUCAAUAAGUGGCCAAUUUUUCUUUCUCUUGGCAUCUCAGUGUUUGUUGUGCCACAUUAAAACCUGAGAGUUAUGUUUGAGGUCUUUAAUUAUGUCAAAAUACAGGGGCAUGCUUUGUGGAGUUGAAAUAAUUACUCAGUAGUUUUGAUAAGAGCGAUCAAUAUUUUAUUACUGUUGAAAUUGCAAUCAAGUCACACUCAUUUUCUCGAGUAAAACAAAUGUUGGCUCUUUCUUUAAGAAAAUAAUGACAGAAAUAUGCCUCCAUUUAGCUGAUAAAUAUCAGUUUAACAUCAAAUUGAUCUGGACAUGCUGCUCCAUUAUUAAAAUGUGCAUUUAUACAUUAAAGAUGAGGUUUAGUAUUGAUGAUUUGGAGGGUGAAUCAUUGAGCUGAAACAUUGUCUUACAAAUAAAUGAAUGAUAAGAGAUAUCUUCCCUUUUAUCUGGUUGGAUCUGAAAAUGUAAAAAUGAUUCCUAAUUUCUGAGGAGGCAGUGAAUCCCUUCAUUACAUCUGAGAAAUGUAGAGUGGUUCCUUGUAGAAUAGCUGCCAAACCAACAGGAGAGGAAAGAGCAUCAAAAGACAAAGUAAGUCAGAUGAGCCAGAUUAUUUUCCUUUGAAACCAGCCUGUCAGCGCAGACUAACCUAAAACCGGGACAUUGCUUGGCUGCACUUAUGAAUUCAAAUGUUAAUGUACGGUAAUACUAAUCAAAGAGAAAUAAACUUAAAGAGCAUAAACAGCCGAGGCAGUGUAACUUCACAUUGAGAAAGAUAUACUAUCCAUCUGAAGAUGCAGGAAAGCUACAACUCUAGUGGACUACAACUCUAGUGGACUACAACUCUAGUGGACUACAACUCUUUGGUAAAUGCGACAGUUUGUUUGUCCAGGGUCAAAAAAGACUUCCAUAGCCAAGUUUGUAUCUUUGUGUGGAUUACAGCACUGCUUUAAGCUACAUACCAAAAUCUGCACACUGUUACAGGGUCAACUGGCCAUUUUUGUCAUACACUGGAAAACUAAAUGAAUAAUCUAAGUAUGAGCAAAAUAAUUUUAACUAUUUCAUGUGUACGUGGUGCCACCAGCUAGCUUUGUGGGAGUGGGAUUAAUAAGUGUUAAUGUUCCUUAGGCACAGACAUCAACAGACUUUUGAUUAUACACCAGUCAGCCAUUACAUUACGGCCACCUGCCUUAUUUUGUUUACAUCGCCUCUCAUCAGCUACAAGAAACAGACUCCACUAGAUCUCUGAAGGUGUGCUGUGGUACCUGGCACCAGCAGAUCUUUUUAGUCCUGUAAGUUGUGAGGUGGAGCCUCCAUGGAUCGGACUUUGUUGCCCAGCAGGUUGUCCAACAUGUAUGCACACCUCCAGUCUGUUUUAUGUGCAAACAUGAAAAGCCAAGGCAGGGAGAGCUGCUGCAGCAAACAACUCCAAACAGAACAGAGCCGACACAAGUGACAAUACUUAUGACACUGGUAAGAUUAGAGACAGCAUGAAUGGGGGAGCUGAGAUUAUAGUUAGAUAGCUGAAGUAAGAUAAGUAGAUGUUUUGAUUACCCAUCACAGCUGUGGUGUAAUGAUAUAUGGUCUGGUGUUACAAAUCAAUGUCUGAAUAACUUAAAGGCAUUGUUGACGAUAUGAGAAGCUGUUGAAAAAAUCUGAGCCGUUGAGGCAGAUUUGAAAAAAAGUGUCCCACCCCCCACACACAAACCUUUCCCCUCUGUGCUCCACAACACACCCACUCUAGCAGAGCAAGAAGCCAGCCGGCAGAUGAUCCUACGCUAGCUUCGAAUAGCUUCAAAUAGGAUUCACCAUGUCAGAUUGCUAGUGUCUAGCGGCAGUAAACUCCAGCUCUGCUAGCUAGCACCGUCUACAGCUGCCUGGACAGCUACCAUGUUGACAUUGCAGAGACUAAUAAGAGUUAUUUAUGCAACAUGUGCCACGAUAAAAGGCAAAAAUGACCUGUUCAACAAAAUCUUUGCUGUCUCAGCGCCUGUUUUCAGGCCCAAAUCCUGGAUAAGCUUUCUCCACCGCUCGAAGGAUGACCCAAUGUUUAUUCCAGUUAGAUUCCUUGCUUGAUCACAUUUCCUCUUCCUCUUUCUUCUGUCGGCUUGCGUUUUCUAAUCACUUAUGGCAGUGGGGCAAGCAGAAGUAGGUUUUUUUUCCGUCCUUCUCCGUCACAGCUCCUGUAGCUAAGCUGCUAUGCUACUUUUAGCCGCUCAGAGCUCCGAGAAGAGCCGAGAGAGUGGAAGGGGACGAGUCAGAAACACAGGAGAGGGUUGUGUCGAAUACAGUGAGGUGAUUGGAUGGAGAGGCGGAGCAGGAGAUUGACGAAUAGGAGCUGUCCGGGACGGAUGGCUCCCAUUGGUCAAUGUUUUUGGAGCCCUGCACUUACUGGGGUGAAUGGAUUUUUUCCAUUAAUUUUUCUCUUCACUUUGUGGCGAUUGCACGAUAGGAUCAUGAUCGCCAUAUAAACGAGGUUCAUAAUAAUUACCAAUUCUCUCCAAUCGUCAACCAUGCCUUUAAAUUGGCACUUGGUUUAACUGCUCUGUGCACUAAAAACAACAAAUCACUCACAUGCUGAACUAGACAUUAAAUUUUGCUCUUUUACCAGGCAAAGACUUGGUUGUAGUUUCUCCGUCUAAAACAAAAACAGCAGAAAAUGUGCAUCUUUUUGCCAAUAACUUUGAAUACAAACGAAAAGAAAGAGAAAAUUACCUUGAGCAAAAACUCCUCCUACCUGCCAACUGAUCUAUCACUGCCAAACUUGCAAAGAUCUUAACAAAAGCACCUCCAUGUGCCGACUUUCAACUCAGCUUUAUUUGCAGAAAAUCCAACCAUAACACAGACCCUUAAAUUCAGCAUAAAGAAAUAACCAAACCUCUCACUAAUAUGUACUAUAUGAGCCAUAAAGAAGCCUCAUUAUGAGUAAGACUGUUUCAAUAUCAGGGAGAUACUCCACAUUUGCCUUUAAUAUAAUGUGUUAUUAAAAUCUAUCUUUUGUGAGCAUGUUUAACAGUCUGAGUCAUCCGAGACAUAUCUUAAUCUCUCCGAUACAUUUUGCUCAACCCUGAACAGUCUGUACAGAGCUUGUGUUUUAAUUUGACUUUUAAAGAUUUUAUUUUGGUCAUCCCCCUAGGAUGAAUAACGAAGUGAUUCUAAUGAAGAUGCCCCCUGCUGAUUCUGUUUCAGGCAAUGCGAUCAGCUCCAUGGGAAUCUCAGCACCUCCUCCUGCGGAAAAAAAUACCCCUGCGCCAGCUUCUGAGCCCUCCCCUCGUGUCUACCAGGAGAGGGUCCACGUCGGUGUUAACACUCUUCCAGAAUUCAACAGUGUAAGCGCUCUCUACUUCUUCAGAGUCUCAUUAUGUGUUAGUGUAAAGACACCUGUUAACUCGUACUGCAGAGGAGGUUUACAGUUUUGGUAACAUCUCUGUAUAGAAUAUGGUAGUGAUUUAAAACAAACAGCUUCUUCCUCCAACUCUGAGGAUUAGCUGUAGGUGUUAGCAGCAUGAGAUUCAAUCUUAUUAAUGCUCAUGUAUGCACUACCUUAUGUUUAAUUUUCACACAAUUUUAAUCCUCCUGGUUCUGUAUUUCCUCUUCCUCUUAUCGCACCUCACAAUCCUGUAGAGCGCAGAAACCUGGGCUGCUUAUUGGACAUCCAGAUAUGAAGUCUAUCAAAACUCAAAACAUAUGAGUUUUUUAAUUCUUUUAUCGUACCAUCCGAAUUUAGAUUAUGUGUUCUCAUGCAAAUACAAGGAUAUCAUUGUUGUUAUACAGCAGUUGUUCUGUGACAUUUGGAAGCUGUGAGUUUGAUUGAAAAUGAAUCUGAAACUUGAUUAAAAUUUCUAAAUGUGAAAUGAAAAAGAAAAUUCUGUCAAUGACGGCGACAGACCGUAGAAAGAGUCAGCGAUCUUCACCAGUUUUGAUAGCAUUGACAAUGUUAUGGUCAUUUUAAAGUUUAAUGAAUGAAACUUUCAAAAAUCUUGCUCAGUAAAGGAUUUGACACAAAAGUGGAGUUGUACUAUAGCCGCUGUCUGUGCUGAGAGGAUGCUUGAUGGUUUGAGAUCAUCUUGAAGGGUACAUGAAUCAUGAACAAUCACUGCGGUGAGAGAUUCCUGAAUUAUGUUAGCUCUAAUUUAAAGUUCAGGGAAAUGAAGCACAAUACAGACAUGUAGAUUACCUUAUUCUAAUAUGCACAUAAACCUAAUGCUUUUAUAGAUGUGAUAAAGUCCCACUCCGAUUGUUUUUUUUCUUAGAGUGUUCUCAGUGGUCUUUAAAUUGUGAUUAUGAAGGUUUUUUAUUACCAAAAAUCGCUUUAUCUGUGUCAUUUUCAAGGCUUUUCUUCUGCAGAGCUUCAGUAGAUCAUUAGCAAUUCACCUCUUAGUCAUGAGAGGAGACAGCGCUGCUCUGCUCCGAUGUGGCAUUCAGCUCUUGGACACUAAUGUCUUCAGGGAUACGACAAAAGUUAAUAUCAUAAUUAGCUUUAUUACAGCAUUGCAAUCCUCUAAUACACAUGAUUGUUCCGCAAUCGUCCUCUGUAUAACUCCUCUUUAUGCAGAGUGUGGCUCUGGGGGCGGGGCUUGGAGUGGUUACAUAUGAACUCUCACUGUUUCUGAACCUGCUGUUUGGGUCUGCCAGAGAUUCACAGUGAUUUUAAUGAAGAACAACAAUUUCGCACUUAGUUUUCUCAUAAUGUAUCCUGAAGCAUCAGAAAAAUGCUAAUGAACGUAUAAAAAAAAACAAGAAAGACAUGAUUUUCAUUGGAGUGGGUCUUUAAUAUAAAGCUUGUUGUAGAAUAACAUGAAAGUAAGUAAAGGGUUUUCUUGUUCCUAUACUGUUAAUAACUGUCACACGCUAGAGAGCCUGUUAGUUUUCUGGUUUGGUGUAAAAUAAAGAUUUCCUGAGACUACAGCCUGAGGAUGUGCUCUUAAUUAAUACACAGAUGCAAAAAGCUCAAAGUUAGAAAAUUAAAUGGUCUCCUGUUGACAGUCUUCACAUCUUUUGGGAUGUACCAGUGAUUUUGGACAGCCCCGUGAUCUUUGUAAACGUUUGGGUUUCUCUUGCCAAAGGCAGAAAAGUCAAAUUGUGGACACUAUAAAUGAAACAGAGACUGUGUGUGUGCUCUUGCAGGGAUUCAUACCCUACAUACUUUCGUUUUCUUUCAUGAGUUGGUCGACAGUCAUCUUGUGUUAAAACUCUUCGCACAGCAGGCUAGCUUUGUGGUUGUUUUGGUGUAUUUUCAUCUCAAGUUUUAAAUUCUGUGCUGAUUUGGACUUUUCUCUCGAAGUUUACAUCCAGAACUCCGCUCCACACUCCACCACUUCUCUUAAUUGGAAGAAUCAAUCUAUCCCUGUUUUUUUCAGAUGGAGGACAGCGAGGAAGAGGAGCGGGAGGAGGAAGGAAGCGAGGAAUUCAAUGUCAUCCCACCGUACUCAGAGAAGGACUCUAACAUUGAAUCCGGGGCCAGAGGAAGUACACGAGGAGCAGCCAGCCGAGCAGUACCUGUGUUACCAUUACUGCUGCUGCUGCCUACACUCAUCCUGGACUGCUGGAGCUACUGAAGCAUCUGUCUGAUUUUCCAUCUCAACACGCAAAAUGAAACACAGAGGACAUUUGCAAGAGAGGAACUCUCUUUUCCCCAUUUUUAAAGUACCCAGACUUACUUUGCCAUUCUGUUUCUCCUAUCACUGCCUCCUCAAGAGCUUAGAGAUAUCAGUAGUCCUGAAGUAUGUGCUGCGUCUUUGCUCUACUCUGCUCUUAUGAAAGAAAUCCAACAACGUGAGCAGAUAUAUGAGUGCAUGGGUGAAUUUAGAAAUGCUGUCUGGGCAAAUGCUCUAUCCAGAGCCUGCUUCACUCUCAAAGUGCAUCCCCUCUUUUAACAAGAAGCACAUUGCCAGAGGCCACAUCUUCUAUACACACUACCAAAAAACCCUUACCAGUGUGCUCCACUGCAACCCAGCUCGAGCACAGCUUUUGAUUUCUAUUUCAUGACUCAUGUCACAUCCGUUUCUCUAUUGCCCCUUCGGCUCUUCCUCCCUCCCUCCAUGCCUCGUACUGUGGUUGAGGAGGAUAAUCCCAUUUACAACAAGCUAAUAAGAAACUGCUCCACACUUAAACCUCUUUGUACCAUUCAAGGAAAAGCACUUUUUCAAACAGCGACAAGUCGGAAACAAAUCGGUGUCGCAUGUAUCAUCUGUUUCCUCUUUGACCUUUGAGGCACCAAAAAGAGUGUAAAAGUCACUCAGUUUAGCUUCUUGUGUGAAUACACCACUUGGUGUUAUUUCUAGUGAGGGCGAGCAGCGGACAUUUCAACCUUGGGCAAACAUAAUGAGAUCAAAUUCUAUUGUAGAAAUGACGAGCGGAGAAAAGCAACACGAGCAAUUACAGCACAACUCAAAUUGCUCUGAAUGCAGGGUAGGUCUGGAGUGAGGCUCAGGGGAGGAAAUAGCCAAUUUACUGCUGUCAUACCCUCUCACUUUUUUAUCCUUAGGAGGUGUUUUUUUUUAGUGCUCUUUUACCCAUCAUGUGCUUCAGAUGUUGUGAGAGCAGGGUGCGGAGAUAGAGACGGACACAGGAGGCUGUAAACCCUGCUGGCUGCUCUGAUCAUUGAGCAGCACAUUGAGCCAUUCUCUCUGCCUCGAAUAGCUUCUGCUGAUGUUAAUGAUUUUUUCUCUUAUGGAUCAUUUUCGUGUGAAAUUACCCAGCAGCAGGGAUGUAGGUAAAAGGAAAUAAGUAUAGGGUGGUUUAUAUGGAGGAAUAGCUUGCAAGAAAUAACGCAUCUCAUCUCUUCGAUCAAGAGGUUCUAGUAGAGCAUCAGUGUUUACUUUAAAAAGCAUGUGUAAUCAGAUCAACAUUCAAAAGGAGGAGCAACCUGCUCACUUUGCCUUUCAAUGAUAAGUAAUGCUCGAAGCGCAACUGGGUACAGGCACAUAAUGUUGCACAAACAAGACUUCAAAAACAAAUCAGAUGAGUAUAUUUUGACAGUGUAAAUACAAGAUGAAACAGAGUGGAAAACCAUGUGUUAUCUUUAUCUUUUUUUACUACAACAUCCACACAAAUUCAGCUGAGAGUUUCAUUUACCAAAGUCUUGGUAGUUUAGAGGAGAGUUGGCAGCUGGACCAAAAAGUAAAGUUUUAUCCCUGGGUGUAAAAAAAGAUGGAGAACAAGAACGCUACUGACCCACUACAGAAGAGGUUAUAAAGUCUGCCUCCUGCAGGGAAAUGGAUGGGACAUGAAUCAAAAUUAAAGAUGACAAAACAUGUCCAAUGAACUUUUCUUAAAUAUGGUUUCUGUCAUUAUAGUCAGUCCCUAUCAUGCUGAUUUACGUUUGAACGUGUAUGUUAUUCUGAAGGGUUUUUAAUUCUGGUUGAGCAUAGCAUUUAGGCAGGCCACAAAGUCCAGCUCAGCCCACAGCUGAUCUUGAUGUCAGCCAAUAUCACCUGAUCAACUCUGCCGAAUACCUUGUACACAUCCAAUUGGAAAAUGCCCAGGUAGGCGUCCAGUUUGAUCUGAUGUAGCCUGCCUACUCUUGCUGCCUCCUCAACAAACCAAAUGUGAUCAUGACAUUACUACGUGCGAUUUCAGUGCAGAAGAUGCAUGGGUCAGUUUUAGAUUACUUUAAGUAUUACGGUAUCAUUAUGAUGUUCAGUUCUUCAUCCCAGAGGAACAAGUAUCCAUUCUUUACUUUACUUAUGCUCCUUUCCAAUAAAUUAAUCACCUCUCUAAGACACUCCACUAUAAUCAUAACACAUAUCUCCUCUGUGAAUUCUUUGACACACCCCAUCCAAACAUGCCAUGCAUGAGGUCCUCUGAGGGGUUGGACCUUGUGGCCACACUAGUCUCCAAGUCAUCAAGCUGUUUAUUUUCACAUUAUUGCAAGCUGCUCAGUUUUCUCUGGCUUUUACUGCCACAGCUUCUCUCUGGUAGGACAUCACCAUCAUGUUUCAAAAGAUAGUAUUGGAGAAAUAAAGCUGCCAUCAUCGCUAAUCCCCAGUAAAUCAAAUCCUCUACCCGUAAGUCCUCAAAUUUUGGCACCUAUUGUUAGAACUGCUUCAGCGUAAACCUAAUGAUCUGGUGGUUCUUAAAAUAAUCUUGCCAGAUUAUCCUGUGGCGUAAAGUGUACAAAGAGAGAUUUUUCUUCAAGCAGUAGAUAGUCAGAGCCACCCUGACUUGAAAAUUGUAAAUAUUAAAUAUGUUCGGAAAUCCUGUUCCCACUAAUCCUACUGAGGGGAUCCCAAGGACAGCCGAGGAUGCACUUUGUCCAUUGUUACGUUUUGGUAAUCCCUUCACAUCCAAAGUUUUGUAAACGAGUUCACGCCCAGGUCUGCUGUGAAACCGAAUAUUUUCACCUCCUGAUUGUUCUUUAUGUUUCACUACCUCAAGUGUUGUGAUCUAUUUGCAGUCAGUUUGUGUCCUAAAGCAGGUGUUUCUAAAGCAUAAAACAGGAGCAACAAGAGUUUAUUUUAGCAAAUCUUAAAAUGAAUGCAUGAAAACCUCAGUCUUCUCAUCUUAUCUCCUCUUCAAUGGUGAUCUUUGCUCGGUUGAUAGGUUGAUCUAUAAGUAUUAAGAUGGCCCUGUAUCCAGACAACCACAUCAUGAAAACCCUGAGUCUUAUUGUUAUAUCCUGUGUCCUGUGGUCAUCAAGAAUCAAGCCAUCCUUGAUGUUUAAAAGCCAUGAGUGCCCUAUGAAUUGCUGGCAAAUGUUGUGCCAGAAAAACUUCUUGGGCAUGUUAAUAAUUCUCAAGCCAUAUCACCUCCACCCAGUGUCUGUACAUUGAAUUCCUCUAACUGUAUGUCUUGUUGGUCUAAGUGGUUUCCCUUUCAAGCUGCAGCUCUCCUUCACCCUGACAGCACUUUUUAUAUAACUGUGUAAAGGCCAGGGUGGUUUGUCAAGUUUUUUUUUUUUCUUUUUUUUUGGUGGUGGGGGUCUUUGCUGUUGCUCCCCCUACCUGCUUUCCAAAUGUGCAAGUGGAAGGGCAGGGAGGAUUCAGAACAGAUCCAUACCAACAAAUACAUGUUUCUGCGUGUAAAUAAUGAAUUCUUGUUGACAGAGGUGGUCCUGACUGAAUUAGUUAUCUGAUGCUAGGAAAAGGGGGUGUAUAGACAUGAGUGACAGCUCUGAUGAGAAAUGCUGCCUCUGCGGCUCUGUGUGCACUAGAAGAGCAGAGUGGAGGAGGAACAAAGAGAAAGCAUAACAAACAACAAAAGACUCAUUCAACUUUCCACAGUCAUGAGUGUCACUUACAAACCAAUACUUUAAGAAUGUGCUCUGCUGUAGACUGCUCUGAUUCGAUGGAUCAUUAGUGUUUUCUGGUUGAGUUAAAUUUGUGUUUUAGUUUGCAAUAGAGGCAGGGCAUCAUAACCCCACAAGAACGCUUCUACUAAUUUGACUCCUGCUCGAAAAGGAGCCGCAUAUUAAUCCUGGUCAGGGGGUAUUUUGGCUUUACUUUUGCAAAAUGAGAGAAGAGGCAACAAGUCAUCCACCCUUACAUACUACAGUCAGUGGGUAUAAAAUAAUUGAAGCAUAACAAUGAUGGGUGACUACUGGAGGCAGUUCACUAACAUCAUUGUCUUAACAGAUCAAAGCUUGACUUUACAAAAAUCUUCACAAGAAAAAUCUCUUCAUAGAUGCUUGACUAUCACUUGAGGAGGCAGCACAGAAAAAAAAAAAACAGUCUGGCCUUACAGAUGCUCUUGUUUACAUGAAGGACUACUGACACGAAGGCUGGGCUUUUGAUAAGGGCUGACAGUAUAAAGGCAGAGAUGCUCUGGAAGUGUGAGAGCUGUGCUUUUACCAAAGCAGGUCCAUCACUACUUCAAACUUGAGUUUGAUGUUUAGAAGUCAGAGUUGGACUUCAAUGGAUGGUGUAAGGUUAUUAAACCUGCACUGAGUGUUACCCAGCUUGGGGCAAAAUGACAUCAUGCAGGUUUUUUAACCACAUUCUUGUUGAGAGUUACGCUACGGGAAGCUAAGAGGUGAGGUGUGACUGGACUGCAAGCUAAAAAAAAAAAAAAAAAGGAAACCGAUUUAAAGGGGAUAUUACAAAAGAGAAGCCUGCCAUUCAGUUGGCAUAACAAAAAGUACAAAAAAACCCCAAAACUGUAGAAAAGACAUGACGAUAGAUAAACAUGUUAGGGUAAAAUAAGUCAUCACUGUGGCACAGUGCAGUAUCAAUAACCUGCAGUUCUUCAUAAAACAUCCAGUGCCCAUAAACAGCCUCCAGUGCGCUCUGGCCUUAAUGACUGAAUGUGAGUUUACGUGUAUCUUCACAUUUUAAUAAGUUUGUUUAUAUUUGUAAACUAUGUAAAGUAACAGUUUACAUUAAACAUAGCUUUUAUUAUUUGGAUGAUUAAGGAGUGAAAAAGCUUAUUAUCCAUCCAUAAAUGAAAAUGCGGUAAAACUAAACAAGGGUACAUGAACGAUCAUCAACUCAGAUAUGACUUCAUAAACAAAGACAGAGUUUGUCAAGGAACUGCAGUCAUUAUGGUUUCUUUGUUUUGUUCAUGGCUUCUUUAUUUGUGCAGAUUAUGGUACUUGGUAAGUACAGACCAGUCCUUGUGCAUGUUUUCUGCUAGUGUCACUUCAUCAUGACUCUUAUCAUGUAAUAGAAGAGUAAAGACCUGACCUCUCCUUUAACACGGAUACGCUACAUGUGUUAAUAUUAUUACUACAACGUGAUAAUUGAUAAUGAUUAUAUUGUCAAUUAUUCUAUGAUGUAAUUUACAACCUUGGUUUCAUAAAGAGAAUGCCUCAAGUAGAGUAGACAGUCAUGACAAAGUGAAAGUUACUAUGGUUACGAUACAGAAGAUUGCUCUCUUAAGAAGACAUGAACAUUCACAACUUGGGGAAAAAUGAUGACUGACAUUCAGAGGUUUUAGCUUAUUCAAUAUUUAGUUUUUGCAUUUACACAAACUCAAUUUAUCAUUAUUGCUUUUACAUUCCUGAUGGUUAACGGUUUCCUUUUUCGAUAUGAAGUCAUGACUAAGUUCAUGAUCAUCCACAGCCCUUGUUUUUAAGUUUUACCCAAGAUUACAAAAGUGUUUGUGAAUACUUUCCAAUUUAGUUUUUAUCUUUUAAGUCUAGUUGAGAGAUGAUGUACAGUACAGUGUUUUACAUACUAACCUUCUUUUAAAGACAUAUCAAACAUGCCAAAUAACUCUGACCGUAUGUGUAACAAUUGUGUAAUUUUGUGACAUAGCAAAGAAGAAUAAAAGUCAAAUGGUAAAUUUACAUGUGUAACGAAAA